AUGGCCGACUGGUGCAAGAACCUACCACUUUACCGGCUGUCCGUGAGCCUCCUGAAAAGUGAUUGGGUGCGCGCACUGCUCGUCUUCUGCUUCAGCCCACUGCUACCCGUGGUGCUGGCUCUUUCCUGCUUGAACCAGAAGGUUCGAAAGUGGCGUGGCCUCCCAACCAUCACCUAUGAGGCAGAGGAAUCGGUCGCCCUUGCACCGAGCAGCGACGCGGAGCAGCUCUGGCUCACGCAGCGAGUCUCCUUCCAGGUGGAGGCAAUGCGUCUGGACUGGGAUUGGAUCUCUAUCUUCAUGAAGAUGUAUGUCUUUGGCCUCCUCAUGCUCCUCUACGUGACUUUUCCUAUCCUGCUGAACAUCUUCCUUUCCUGGCUCAGCUCGGCACUUCAGGGCUUUGACUUCGGCUUGGUCUGCCUCUGCAUCGUUCUGGCAGGCAUGUGCUGCUUCCUUCUUCCUCCGGUGCCGGGGGUGCCUGUCUACCUUUUCGCUGGCAUCAUCAUCGCGGAUAAGUGUCCCCUGGGCUUCGAGGCCGGUGCGGGCAUUGCCAUCGCCGUGGGGUUCCUUCUGAAGCUCAUGGCUUGCGCCAUGCAGCAGAAGCUCAUUGGGGAGCGCCUGGGCGCGAACCUGACCAUUCGCACGCAGGUCGGGAUCAACACACCGAUGAUCCGCGCCAUUGAGGCUGUGCUCCGCGAGCCGGGCAUGAGCAUGGGAAAGGUGUCGAUUCUCUGCGGAGGCCCGGACUGGCCCACCUCCGUCUUGGCGGGGAUCCUGCACCUGUCGCUCUUGGAGUGCGAGCUCGGAACCCUACCCAUCGUGUUCUUCGUGGCUGCCUGCUCCCUCUCGGGAUCCUUCUACUUGAAGCAGCACGAGAGUGAGUUGUGGGACCGUGCCGCCACGUUCAUGAUGUCGGCCUCGGUGUUCCUGUGCAUGCUGCUCCAGAUCAUGGGUGCCUGGGCCAUACAGACGCAGUUGGACCAACGGGAGUGGGAGUUGACGAAGCCCUUGGAGCAGAACGUGGAGCUGGACUGGCUGGACUUUCGCUGGCGAGAGAUGUCACGAUCGCUCUUGCUGAGGUGGGUGGACGUCCCCGCUUGGAUCCGGGCUGUGACCCUCCUUGGAGUACUCAUACAGGUGAUGGUGGGGCAGGUGUUCUACUGGAGGUCCUCCAUGUGUUUUGGGGAGUUCGAGGUCACGGACGACAUCGACUCCUUGGAGUGGUGGGUGGACGGCGAGUCAGGUCUCGUCCUUCUUCCAGGACUAGUUUGCUGCUGCCUGUCGAUCGGAGGCUGGGCCUUUUACUUUGUCAUGUCCUGCUGGCUGAAGCAGAAGCGAGCAAAGCCCUUUUUGGAAAUGGCGAAGCGACUGGAUACGAUCGAGGUCCGCUGGAAGGAGAUGAGACGCGCACUAGCUGCGGAGCUUUCUGCUCAUGGCGCCUGCAGGGACAACUGGGAGGCUUUGAGGCACGCAAACGAGACGGCCCAAGAGAUGCUGAGGGAAGCACGCGUGAUGGCCACGGAGUAA